GUUGCCAUUCUUCCCAUCGAGUUUGAAUGCAUCACGGCAGAAGAGCUGGCUGUGCGCAUGCUCCCAGCUAUAGCAUUUUAAUAUAUGUUUGCCUUCUAAAUGUUCGUGGUGGUCAAUGCGGCUAAGGGGCUAGUUUGUGGAGCUUGGAAGGGUUCGUUGGAGAGGAACACUGUUUGUGCAUGUGUUAAAGAGUAAAGUUGUAGUUCGUUUGAGACAUCGGCCCGUCGCUGGAAGAAACGGACUAUGUCGGCAAAUAAAACAAAGAAAGUCAAAAUGGCUACUAAAUCUUGUCCUGAAUGCGACCAACAGGUGAGGAAACGUGUUUUCUUUUUUACGUGGACACUGUGGAUAAAUCCCGAGGAGUUUUCAUGUUGUGAGACCGGUUAUGGCAGCUAAGACUCGCUGGCUGCUCCGAGCUUUAGUUUCACACACACACACACACACACACACACACACACACACACACACACACACACACACACACACACACACACACUCGCCACAUUGAUAAACGGUUGAAAGAAACAGCUUUCACGGUCCGUGAAGUAUUCAUGUGUAUAUAUACACAUGAUCAGCACUUCGAAACACCGUUUCGUGUUGUUACGCUCUUGAAAUGAACACACAAAUGUUUCACACUGUUGGUGUUUUUGUCCUCUGACGAACAAACAUGAUAGAGAAACGAUUUUUUAAAUCAAAGACAGCCAAAGUGUUUGCUAAAUAUGGGAGAAUUGCACAAUUCUUAAAAACUAAGGCUGAUAUAUCGCCUUAACUUGCCCUCAAGCAUAAAUGUACGUGUAUCGGCAUGGUAUGACACGUAUCAUCAUGUUUCUGUGUUCAAGAUACUCCAAUAUUGCAACACUGUAGGAAGCAGGGCAGUGUCUUUCAGUUCAUCUGGGCAGCAAGACAUGUGGGAUUAAUAAAAUCAAAACAAAAGUAUCUACAUAUCACAGACCUUGUAAAAACAAAACAUAGUAUCACUGCCCUCUGUGCAAUCUUAAGAAGACUGCAUUAUCUUUAGUUAACUGCCAAAAUAGUUGCAUAUUUUGUAAACUAUUUGCAGCUCAAUAAACGGUUUAAUCUACAGCAUUCAAAUCUGAAACCCUACUUUCACCCUCUGUCUGAAACAAUUCUUGACAGCUGUUAUCACUGUAAUCCACCCAAACAAAGACAUGUUUCUCCAUUUAGAUGACAAAUUAUUAAAUACAGCCAUAUCUUUGGGACCCAAAUCUGACCCCGAAAGUUUGGGAAUGGACAAAAAAAAUCCCUAGAAACAGAACCAAGAUGUUUCUGUUUGGUGAGUGUUUGUUUUAUCAUGACUUUAGACAGAGAUUCACCAAUUAGUGAAGUAAAAAAAUAAGGAAAUUGUGUAGCUCUCACUCAAUCCUCAUGGGACUUAUUGAUCGACCAGCUAAAAGCCGCCUGCAAACUCCUCCAGGAAUUACACCAACACAUGUUAACCUCACAAUUUUGAACUUUGGACAUGGUUGUGCAAAAGUAAUUGCUUAAUAUUCCCUGUUGACACUCUAGCUUUAAUUGGGUUAAGACAAGGUUUAAAUUCUUACUUUUCUCAAACUUCAGUCAUGCUGUACUCAGCCUGUCUGGAUACCAAUGCUGUGAAUUUAGGUGUGAUUACUUGAUGAUUUUAUUAUAUUUACAGUCAGAUUGCCUUUAACCAUUUUGAUAUCAUUACAUUACUAUGUGACUGGUAUUCAUUUAAAUCUUGCUUGACCAUUCACUGCUCAUUUCACAUACAUGUAUGUGAAAUGAGCAGUUACAUACUGAGUGCUUGCUCAGAAACAAAGACUUUGUUGUAUUGGCAAGUAACUUGAAAAUAAACAUGAAAUCAAACAGUAGUGAAAUCAAGAUCAUGGAUCUACCAAAGAAUAAUAGGGGUUUGAUAUUUUAGCCAUAUUGCCCACCGCUACUUAAUAUUGUUUUAGACUUUUGGCCUUUAUCCUGCCUCUAAAUCAAAACCCCUCUCUGAUGUUUUCCACGAUGAGUAAAGUUGUCUGACACCCACACGAGUGACUAAGUUAACCAGCAUCUCCACAUCCGCUUAGAGUGGCUCUUUGUUGGGCGUACAUCCUGAUUGUGCAAAAUGUAAUCCAUUUACAGUAUGUUAGGAGCUGAAUGAAGAUGAAGAGUCUCAAGCCUAUACUUGAGGAUUUAUGGUAGAUUUGUGAGUGCAGAUUAUUGUCUUCUACAUGAUGUUUAUGAUGUGAGUCCUCUGCUUUCUGUUUGUAUUUCUGUAGAUCCCAGUUGCCUGUAAGUCCUGUCCAUGUGGUUAUGUGUUUAUAAGCAGGAAGCUAUUAAAUGCCAAAUUAAAUGAGCGCUCCUCUCCAGCCAUAGCAGGUAAGGUUUGCCUCUGCUUGCCUCCUUGAAUUCUGCCUGAAAAUACUGGACAUAUUAAUAUACCAGAAAAAUUGUAGUAAGUUUUCCACCACAUACAGAAGGAUGAAAACUCCUGUAAUGACACUUAAAGGCCUGAGAACAGUUAACCCUUUCUACAUGGAUUAAAAAAAGGUUAUUAAUUUCAGGUCUUUUAUCUUGACAGUUUAAGAAGCUUAGACCAUUCAGAUUGUUCUGCCUCCACAAUAAACCAAUGUACACCAAUCUUUAACCUCAGCUAUGGGGUUUGGUCUUAAUUAUUUGUGUCUUAUGCUGCAGACAAACUAGACUUUAAGCGGAGGAGAACAGAACGCAUUCGCAGAGAAAGGAUAGAUCCUUCCUUAACCAAUGACAUGGAAAACAAAAGAAGACCCCGGGCAAACAGCCAAUCAGAUCCCAUCCGAAGGGGCCGUGGCCGACCAAAAACAGUGGGUCUAAAGAAACAGGAAGAAGAAAAAGGUAAAACAAAAUAAAUAAAUACGUUUUUCUUUUUAAACAAUGAAAUAACUUUUGAAUAACUUUUAAUCAUGUUUAAGUUGCUGUGUAAAAGGUUUCAAAAAUAGAUUUUUAUGGUUUUCCAAUCAUUUAUAUUCAAUUUUUAAAAAUUCCAUUCAUUAUAAGAAAAAAUUGAAACUGGAGUAUGCACGCUUUAAAUUCUGUGCUAGCAACACAUUUUUAAAAAGUCUGAACUGAUACAACGAAACACUGAAAAACUUCCUCCUUAGGAACAUUGAAUAGCUCAACCUGAAUUGAAUUAAACAUUUCAACUCAAGUAACAAAUCCUAAGUAAUUCAAAUGUGUAUUGUUUAGUUCAUACUGUUUGUACUUGAAAACUGUAUUGUGGCUUCCUGUGAUUAAUUGUGUUUCACUGUGUUCACAGAGAAACAAGAAAAGGAGGUGGAUAUUUAUGCAGGUCUUUCUGAUGAGAAGGCUUUUGUGUUCUCUGUGGCUUUGGCUGAAAUCAACCGCAAGAUCCUGGGUCAGAGGCUCAUCUUAUAGAUUAUCCCCUGGAGAACUGGGGACGUGUAAAAAAAAAAAAAAAACUUGCAAGAGGAUGACCAAAGAGUGUGACAGUGGCUGAGGCUGAACAUGAACCUGAAUGUGACUGAUUAUGGGAGAAGGUUGUGGAGUGUGAGACUGAAGUGGACUUGGUUUUCAGCUCUUUAGCACCUUGAAAGACACUCCCAUCACACAGACAUUCAGACACAAGUCCCUGAAUAAAAUCAGGUGUAUGGGUUGUGUUUUAAUGACAGUUGUUUUUAACACAGAGGAAAGAGGGACUCUGUGCUGUAGAUACAAUGGAAUGAAUAAAUCCAAACCAGUCUUGUAGUGUAAGUGAGAUAAAUCAAUGAGUGUGAGAGACCUAAGAGAUGCAUUUAUCUUAUUUUAAAUGUUAAAGUAAAAAUGUGCACAUUUUCUCUUGACCUCAUAUUCAUUUUCAGGAUUGAGACUUACCAGCGCCAGUGUGUUGUUUUCUGAAGUCUAUCCAAAUAUGAAAACCAUUAACAGAAUAAAGAUUUUUUUUAAUGCUGCUAACAA